AUGGCCAAUCCUCCGCACGGUGGUGUCCUCAAGGACCUCGUUGUCCGGGACACUCCCAUUCAGGCUCAGUUGCUUGCAGAGACCAAGUCGCUGCCCGACAUUAUCCUGACCGAGCGACAAUUGUGCGAUCUCGAGCUCAUCAUCAAUGGCGGCUUCUCACCUCUGGAGGGCUUCUUAAACCAGGCAGACUACCAGUCCGUGCUGGACAACAUGCGCCUCACCAACGGCGCACUGUGGCCCAUGCCGAUCACGCUUGAUGUUAGCAAGGAUCAAGCUGAGGCUCUCAAAAUUCAGGCUGGUGCUCGCGUCACUCUGCGCGACCCCAGAGAUGACAAUCCCAUCGCUAUCCUGACGGUGUCGGACUUGUACCCUGCCAAGAAGCAAGAGGAGGCCGCCAAGGUGUUUGGCAAGGAUGACCGCGCUCACCCUGCCGUCGCUUACCUGCACGACAACGUCAAGGAACUCUACGUUGGAGGAGCAGUCCAAGCGAUCUCUAGACCUCGCUACUACGACUACGUCGAGCUGCGCUACACUCCUGCUGAGCUUCGUCUGCACUUCCAAAAGGUUGCGUGGAGGAAAGUCGUCGCUUUCCAAACCAGAAAUCCCAUGCACAGAGCUCAUAGAGAGCUGACUGUGCGCGCUUCUCGUCAAAGGCAAGCCAAUGUUCUCAUCCACCCCGUCGUCGGUAUGACCAAGCCAGGAGACGUGGACCACUACACCCGGGUGCGAGUCUACCAAUCCCUGAUGCCUCGCUACCCCAAGGGAAUGGCUCAUCUGGCUCUGCUGCCCUUGGCCAUGCGAAUGGGUGGCCCACGCGAAGCUCUUUGGCACGCCAUCAUUCGCAAGAAUUUCGGCGUCACUCACUUCAUCGUUGGCCGCGACCACGCAGGUCCCGGAAAGGACAGUAGUGGCAAAGACUUCUAUGGGCCCUACGAUGCGCAGACUCUGGUCACCCAAUUCAAGGACGAGCUUGGCAUCGAGAUGGUUCCUUUCCAACAGAUGACCUAUUUGCCGGCUUCGGACGAGUACCAGCCAGUCGAUGAAGUUGCAGCUGGCACACAAACGCUCGACAUUUCGGGCACGGAGCUGCGUCGAAGGCUGCGCAACGGAGCGCCCAUUCCCGAUUGGUUCAGCUACGAGUCGGUCGUCAAGACGCUUAGGGAAAGCUACCCCCCCAAGGCACAGCAAGGUUUCACAGUGUUCAUCACUGGACUCUACAACUCGGGCAAGGAUGAUCUUGCUCGUGCUCUGCAGGUCAAGCUCAACGAGCAAGGCGGAAGAAGCGUGUCCUUGCUUCUCGGCGAGACGGUCAGGUCCGAGCUCUCUUCUGAGCUUGGCUUCAGUCAAGAGGAUCGCCACAAGAACAUUCAGAGGAUUGCCUUUGUUGCCGCUGAGCUUACGCGUGCCGGCGCAGCGGUGAUUGCAGCUCCGAUUGCGCCGUUCGAAGCGUCUCGCAAGCUCGCGAAGGAGACCGUGCAGAAGACGGGAGGUGCGGGCAACUUUUUCCUCGUUCACGUCUCUACGCCACUCCAAGUUGCCGAGCAGACGGACAGGAAGGGCAUCUACGCAAAGGCGAGAGCAGGGCAGAUCAAGGGAUUCACUGGUGUCGAUGACCCUUACGAGGAGCCAACCAACGCCGACCUGACCCUCGACCUCUCUCAAAUGACCAUUGCUGAGGGAGUCCACGCCACCAUUCUGACCUUGGAAAGCGACGGCUUGCUCCAAGUGUAA